UGGGGCAGGGGGAACGGCGACUAUCCCCCAUGAGGCCAGGGAUCUGGAGCAAUGGGGAUAGUCAAUGGGACAAGGGACUGGUGCAGUGUGAACGGCAACUGGAGCAGUGGGGCUGGAUACUGGACCCAUGGGGCCAGGGGACUGGAGCAGUUUUGCUGGAGCGAUGGGGCCGGGGACUGCAGUGGUGGAAGCUAGAUAGUGGACCCAUGGGGCCGGGGACUGCAGUGGUGGAAGCUAGAUAGUGGACCCAUGAGGGUGGCGAGUGGAGAGAGGGGCAUGUGUACUGGAGCGAUAAGGAUGGUUUCUAGAGCAAUGGGAUGACGGAGGGGCCCAGGGGGAUUCCCCCGCCCUUCCCUGCAGCGCUGCAGGCGCUCUCCUCUGCUGGGAACUGGGCUCUUCUCCCCAGGCUCAGCUCUCCCCUCCUACACAGCUCCAGAAAUACUGACAGGCAGGCAGAUUCAUCGUAAAUCUCAAUGGUGCUGUUUAUACAGCUCCUAAACAACUGGCUUCUCCCCCUCAUUCCUUCUAUGGUUAUUUGCGCGCAAUCCGGAGAGCUCUGCUCGAGCAUCUGCAGCCUCGCCGCUGCAAUGGUGUGUCUGCUGGCUUUGGCCAGCCACCCGCUGAGCCCCGGUCACCUGCACCGCCAGCGCUGUCGGAGCCGGCCGCUCUGCUGGUAGCGGACCGGGGGCUGGCUGAAGCCCCUCCGCAUGCGGAGGAACUACUCGUGGCACUCGCAGUUGGGUUUGGCGGCCUUUUUCACAUGUGCUUUGGGCUCCUUGGUCCCAGGGCUCUUUGCCGAGCUUAAUUUGUCCUGACUGCAGGAUGUAAAGAGCAUUGGACAAGGGCAGGGUAAAGUUCUAGAAGUCUCUGAAGUAACUCAUAAUUUGAUUAUGAGGAAGGGGGUUUCUUGGUUUAUUUAGAGCUGUACUUAUGCAUAAAGCUGCCCUUUUCUAGAGGAGCGUUACACCUGCUUCUUUUUUGGUUACUCUCACUUUUGUUUGAGCACAAAUGAGUCUGGACUUUUUGAGCUGUCACAGUUUGUAUCAGCCUUGAAGAACCUUCACGAUAGUCCUGCUGUUUACAGGGGACUUGGGGCUUUAGCUGAGCGCUGCGUAGCAUUUCAGUUUUUCUACUUGUUCUCGGUUAUACCCCUGUUGCCACUUUUUGCUGUGCCUCAGGAGAUAUGAGACUCAGAGAGCAGAGCUAGACGUUGCUCGGUAGGGUUUCAUAUUUGCUGAUGUGAUAUUUAAUCUUUCAAAGCUGUGGGAUGAUUUAUAACAGGAUUAUUUGCAUCUCUUUUUUUUUAUUGUCAGGGAAGACCAAAGAUCAUCCCUUAUAUUUUUGCAGUAAGGGCUUUAUAUAAGAGCAGAAGGAACACAUGGUGGUUUUAAUGUUUAUUAUACAACCCUAUCAAAGGGCCUCAUGGUCCCAGCCAGUACAGGUGCGUGUGGUGCCAGGUGUGGGAUCUGGCCUUUGUCCUUGCAAAUCACACAUCCCUUUUGUUUCUUCCUAUCUCAAGGUCUGUCAUUACAACAUCUGUUAUUAUUAGCCUAGGUCAGGGGAAGUACAUGCUUUUAACAGCUCCUAAUACAAACUCCUGUUACCCAGGAGGACACAGCACUCUCCUGCAGGAACGGGCAUUCCCUCGCUCGUUCCGGAUCUGUGCCUCCAGAUGCUGCUCUGCUGUUUGCUGGGUUCCACAGAGGAAAGCUGGAUGCUGCCAGGAGUGUCCUUCACAGGCCCAUCCACCAUGCCGAGAGCGGCCGUCCCAAGAGCACGUCACUGCAGAAGCAGCUCAUCCCUCGUGCUGGUUUGAAAGAGCUUGCAGGUCUUUACCAUGUUAACAUGGCCACAGGCAACCAUCGCAGUCUACCUGUUGCUGAUUUUGCAGGGGUCCUCUGCAGUGGUGGAAAUCGCAGAAAGAAGAGUUGCAGCUGAAGGGUCCUCCAUAAUGAUGCAUGCACCAGAUAUCAAGAACGUAAACUUCACUGAGUGGGAAUACAUAAGAAACACCACACUUGAAGUCAUCCUGCAGUACUAUGCAGAUUACCCAUCUCCAACCAUUUAUGCAGCUUACCAAGGCAGAGUGGUCUUCUUUCCAAAGAAUGGCUCAAUUCUCCUGCAGAGGUUACGAGAGACAGACAGUGGCAUCUAUAAAGCAACAGUAGAUCUGAUGCAGGAUAAAGCUUGGACAACCCUCCUUGAAGUUAUCAAGCCUGUGCCCCAGCCUGAGCUCCGGUACAGUUCAAACCUGGCAGGUUCGCCCAUCGAGCUGGUCUGCAUGGUCCCAGAGGGAACAGUGGCUUCCAUCUCCUGGAAGAAGGAGGGACAUCCCCUUCCCCCUGAACAGUGCCAUCUGGUCUCUGGAAACAUCAACGUGCUGCAGAUAAAGAAGGGAGAGAAGUCGGACUGUGGCUCCUACUCCUGCAAUGUCAGCAACGUGAUAAGCUGGAAGGAGACAGCCCUGAACCUGACCGUGACAGGUCUCACGCCUCCUCUACGCCAUGUGGAGAGGCUGGCCAUCGUCGUGCUGAUGUUCGUCACCGUCUCCGCCACCAGCUUCAUCAUUAUGCUGCUCUGUCAGCUGAGGAAGCACAGAUUCGGAAAGGAAGCAUGGAAACAUAGCCUUCUGUCCACCUAUGGACUGCUGUGUAUCUCCUCUCUCCUCCUGUUUGCCACCUCCAUCAUCUGGAUGCUGGAAGAAGGUCCUUCCGCUGCCUUCAUCUUGCUUGGGCUGUUCUUCCUUACUGCGGCAAUAGGAGCUGCCCAGGCAGCAGCAGCAGCAGUGUGGAGACCAGUGGCUCCUGGUCACAUCAAAAUGUGGCACUGUGUCAUCCGGAACUCUACAGCCCCCACAAUACUGAUCGUCAACUUGUUGUUCACCAUCCUCUUGCUCCACAAUAUCCAGCAGCUCCAUGAGCGAGGCUGCUCAGAGGCCACUGAUCUGACGACCAGCUGUGUUUUUGCUGGCGUAACAAUCCUCAUAAUACUGCUGGUCCUCCUCCUAUUGUAUCACAGGAAUAAGCAGAAGGAGAAGAUGAUGAAAAACCAGCAUGCCACCCAGACCGCACAAGUCCUGCACACCUCGCAGGUGAUAGAAGAAACCCAAGUACAGAGGCAAGAAGGGUAGUAAAUGGUCGUCCCUCCGCCACCCGGGGAGCUGUGCUCACACACCGCGGGCAGCUGGGGAAGAGCCCUGAGAAGCUGGGAAGAUGCCAUCGGCCGAAGCAAGGCAUCUGUAAGCUCUGCCUCUACCCUAGUGCUAGCAGGGCAAUGCUUUUGGCAAAAGUCUUGCCAAAAAUGUUGCCACCCAGCUGUCCGAGCUGUAGCUCCAGGUGGCAAAUGAUAAAUUCCCCACCCACUUUCCCUGCCCUCUGUUUGGAAAACCCAGGCUAAGAGAAAGUACAAGCCAUCGCUCUUACUAAUGCUGGUUAUCACCCAAGCAGGGGCAGCUUUUCCAUGAGCCAGAAAUUGUCUCAGAUUCCAAACCAGAGGUUGACCAUCCUAACGCUGUCACACCACGCGCCUCCUUUUUUUAAUAUGUUAAUGAGACAACAGACAAAAAAAUGCCAAAAAG